CCUGAGUCGUCUUCCUCGCAGAGUCGCAGCCAAUUUGCAGACUCGCAAAAUUUCUUCCGGUUCAGAAGUUUCCAGAUCUGGCUCGCCUGGCCACGCCUUGCAACGCUCCUUACGCCUUCCCCGCGCUAAACGUGCAACUCGCGAAACAGCUGACCGCCUCGGGCGAUUUCCUGCCGCCUCGCUCAGACGCGCUCGCCGACGCUCGCGAAGGCAUACCUUUAAAAACACUGAUAUUACAAUGUGCAGAUCAAAUUGAUAUACUGUGUCUUCAAUAUACUAGAAUGAGAGUUCCAAGAAAUCUCGAGGUCUUGAAAAUGGGCGCUAUCAGCUAUCUGGAUGCACUUAAGCUGCAGGAAAAGCUGGCCUCCAAUAGAAAAAUUCAUAAGAUUCCAGAUACUCUCCUGUCCUUGCAACAUCCACCUACGUACACCCUUGGCAAACGGCGAACUGAUCACAAUCUAUUGAUUCCCGAGUCUGAACUUAAAAGAAUAGGAGCUGAACUGCACUACACACAAAGAGGAGGAGACAUUACAUUUCAUGGUCCACAUCAAGCCAUCUUAUAUCCCAUUAUUUCUCUUCGGGAUAUCGGGCUUGGUGCUCGUAAAUACGUGGAGAAUCUUGAGUCCACCAUGAUUGAAUUGGCGUCUUUGUAUGGUGUGAAAGCUUGUCCCGGAAAAAAAUGUGAAACGGGGGUUUGGGUUGGAGACAGAAAAAUUGGUGCAAUUGGUGUACGGAUUUCAUAUGGAAUCACUUCUCAUGGAUUGGCAUUUAACAUUGAUCCAGAUUUGGACUAUUUUAAGCAUAUCGUACCUUGUGGCAUUGCAGAUAAAGAAGUUACAUCAUUGAGAAGAGAGACAGACUUGGUGCUUCCUACAGAAGAAGUAAUUCAGGACCAGUUGAUUUCUUGUUUUGCUAGACAAUUUGGUUAUAGUAAUCUUGUAUGGAAGGAUGCUGCUUCAAUAUUGUCAGACAAUGGGGAAACCGAAGGAGAUAACUAUUGUAUGCCAAAUGAAUAAACGAUGUAAGCCUUAUGCUCUUUCAUUCAUUUUAUUUGUCAAAAUAAUUGAUGGAAAUUGCUGAAUUUGUAUAUCUUGUAUGAUAAGUAAUGUAAUGUGGAAAACUGGUGA